ACACAUGGUUUGGUGGAAUGAACAUGAAGUUUCCUAUCUAAUCAGACAAAGAUAAGAUGCAUAGGACUCUACUAUGAAAGUUCCUAACAUCAAAUCUGUAGUCCACCCCCCUUAUUAAUGGGACUUUGCUCCUCAUUUAAAGACAUUAGGAUUUGGUGAGUGUGAGAAUGGAUCCGACUGGGCAGGAUACACAUUAACAUAGUGUGUAAUAGAAGGGAAGAGCCUGGGAUGUGAAUCAAACCACUGCUGACCAGAACUUUAUUUACACAGCCAGCAUUCCUGUGGAGCUCUCACAUCAAAAACAAAGAAAGGUCUUCUUUUAGUAGCCGGUUUUUGAUGAUGUUCUGAGUAUUUGGUGACCGUCAUUAUCACAAGGCUUGAAAUUUAAUUGAGAGGACAAGAUCCUUCAGGGACAACCUUAUUUUUAGAUCUCUUCAGAGGAGGUGAUUUGCACUGUGAAUGUGAGAAGAGAUUUGGGUGGUCCAAACAUCAUAUAAAGAGGUCUAGAUUUGGAAUACAGAGAAGAUUCAAAAUGGACGAAGAGAUGAACGACAUGGAGCUCAGGAAGAGAGUGAAGUAUCACGUCCAGAGAGAUGUACUGGAUGAACUCAGUGUUGACAAAGUGGCGGCGAAAUCAGAUGUCAAAAUUCCACUGAAAGAAAAAUUCAAGGAUGCUGUCAGGUGUACAGGCCCAAAAUUUAAGAGCUGUUUCCUAUCUUUUGUUCCUCUCCUGGUAUGGCUGCCGAAAUACUCACUCAGAGAAAAUGCUAUUGGAGAUCUUAUAUCAGGAAUCAGUGUGGGAAUUAUGCACCUGCCACAAGGUAUGGCAUAUGCUUUGCUGGCUGCAGUUCCUCCAGUGUUUGGUCUGUAUUCCUCCUUCUAUCCCAUUCUCAUCUAUUUCAUAUUCGGAUCAUCCAAACACAUCUCAGUGGGUACAUAUGCAGUUAUGAGUGUUAUGAUUGGGAGCGUGACAGAGCGUUUAGCUCCAGACUCAGACUUCAUGUUGCCAGGUAAUGACACCAACUCCACUAUUUUGGACUUUGCCAGCCGUGAUGCAGAGAGGGUAAAGAUUGCUGCAACAGUAACUUUCUUAUCUGGUGUUUUCCAGUUGCUCCUUGGUCUGGUUCGAUUCGGAUUUGUGGUGACAUAUCUUUCUGAACCAUUGGUGAGAGCUUACACCACAGCGGCAGCCAUCCAUGUUAUCGUCUCCCAGCUCAAAUAUUCAUUUGGCAUCAGCCCUAAUCGGUACAGCGGACCUUUCUCUCUUAUAUAUACAGUCAUACAUAUUUGUGCAUUGCUCGGAAAGACAAACAUUGGUACUCUGGUUGUUAGCAUUGUAUCCAUUAUUGGUUUGGUCCUUGCAAAGCUAGUGAGUGGCUGGGCGGCAAGGAAGAUUCCUGUUCCUAUUCCUGUUGAGCUAAUCACUAUCAUUAUAGCUACUGUGGUGUCAUGGUACUUUGAUCUGAAGACCGAAUUCAAUGUGGAAGUGGUUGGAAAAAUCCCGUCAGGUCUGCAGGCUCCUGUUUUACCAGCUGUCUCCAUACUGGGUUCAGUGGUUGGUGAUGCCUUUGCGCUAGCUGUUGUUGGUUAUGGCAUUGCUAUCUCCCUCGGUAGAAUUUUUGCAUUAAAAUAUGCCUAUAAAGUCGAUAGCAACCAGGAGCUAAUAGCUUUGGGUCUGUCUAACUCUGUUGGAGGGUUGUUCCGUUGUUUUGCCAUCAGUUGCUCUAUGUCUCGCAGUAUGGUGCAGGUCAGCACUGGAGGGAAAACACAAGUGGCUGGAGCUGUCUCUGCUGUGGUAAUUCUGGUAAUAUUGUUAAAAAUUGGAGAACUCUUUGAGGAGCUUCCAAAGGCAGUGCUGGCUGCUAUAAUCUAUGUAAACCUGCAAGGAAUGAUGAAGCAGUUCGGAGACAUCUGCUCUCUCUGGAAGACUAACAGAGUGGAUAUGGUAGUUUGGGUGAUGACUCUGAUCUUGACAGUGUUGUUUAAUCCAGAUCUGGGACUGGCCGCAUCUAUUGCUUUCUCCAUCCUCACUGUGGUCUUCAGAACUCAGUUACCACAAUACUCUCUCCUUGGCCAGAUUCCUGGCACUGACAUCUACAAACCAAUAGAGGACUACAAUCAGGUGAAGCAGAUUCCUGAUGUAGUGAUUUUCCGCUCCUCUGCAACAUUGUAUUUUGCCAAUGCUGAAAUGUACACAGAUGCGCUCUACGAGAAGACUGGUGUAGAUGUGGCUAAACUUCUCUCACACAAGAAGAAAUUGGAAGCAAAAAGGCUCAGAAAAGAAAAGAAAGCUGCAAAGAAAGCAAAAAAACAGGCCAAGAAAAGAGUUAAAGAUGCUGCCAUACAAGAUGCUAAGCUUCAGGGGUUGGAGCUAGUGUUAUCAGACACAGAAGAGAGUGGGGAGGAGUUGUCAGACAUAGAGGCAAAUGGAGAUUUACAUGAGCUGUCAGUCAAAGAACAAAAGAAUGUGGUUGCUGUAGAGGUGGGGCCUGGCUGUGACUCCAAGCUCCCACAGGCAAUCAUUCUGGACCUGAGCCCCGUGAACUUCCUGGAUACAGUGGGCGUGAAGACUCUAUGCAACAUCUAUAAAGAUUAUGGAGAGGCUGGUGUUAAGGUGUACUUAUGUGGCUGCCAGAGAGGUGUUGUAGAAAAUAUGGAGAAAGGUAAUUUCUUCAGCGAGAAAGUAACUAAAUCGAUUCUAUUCUCAUCUGUACACGAUGCUGUUCUUUACUGCCAACAAGGAAAGAGUGAAGAGGCCAAGCAGGGAACACAUUUUUAAAUCCAAACAUCAGAAAUGAUACGGAACACUCCGGAAAAAUGGCACACACUGGAGAGACCCAUGCAAACUACAUUCAAACUACAUAUAUCUACAAUUUAAAGCUGUUUUUUUAUUUAUUGUGUAUUUUACAUUAGGAGGAAUAUAUAAGUGAAUAAUAAUGUUUUUAAAGAAUAAUUUGUUUUGUAAAAUAACAGUGUCAAUCUAAUACUUUUAAAUAUAUAAAAUAAUUUGGGAAUGGAUCUUUGAAAUAGAUAUUGUGCAAGCAGAAUGGUUGUAAUAGCAUUUAACAUUGAAACCAAAUGUUGAUAGAUUAUUCUAUAGCAUUGUGUGUAUGUUUUAUUAUUUGAAAAUGUUAGUCCUUAAGUGAAUGCAAUACCUUUCACUCAUGAUAUAAUCAGAUACCUGGAUAGCAGAUUUUUCUUUAGUUUUAACUUCUAUAUGUAUGCAUGUGUAUUUAGAAUGGCUAUUUAUCCUAAAGCCUAUUUAAUGCUGAAGAGUGUUAAAUCAGCCAUAUUUGACGGUCAGUUAUUUGGUUCUGACCAGAAUAUUUGAUAUUUAACAUAAACAAUUAAGCCCAUCCUCCUCUGUUUAUGCUCUGUCCGAGUUUCUAAUACCCAUUUCAGUGAUAUUUAAUGUUAAAAUGUGAUUAGAAUCACGUAUCUUGGUAACACUUUACAAUAAGUUUGUAUUUGUUAACAGGGCAAUAGUUAAUAUUAUCUUCUAUGGACAAUACUUUUGCAGAAUUUAUUAAUCUUGAUUCAUGUUAAUUUCUACAUAUUCAUACACCAUGUUCACAUACCAUGUUCAAUUUACUAGAUUAAAAUGUACUAAAGCCAAACAAUUCUAGAACAUUUUGUCAGAACAUGAUUUGAUUGCAUUCUAUAUAUUUAAAUUUGUAAAAUGUAUCCAUUUCGAUUUGGGACUACUUGAAUACUUUUUGUGGUGUUAAUGUGUUGAUGAAACUGUUUGAUUUACAUUUUCCAGCAUGCUUUGCAUGGAACUGGUUGGGAGAUAAAUGUUAACAUUGAGUGUCAUUUUAUGUGUUUUUGUGCAAGUUGUUCAUAAAGGGGGAUA